AAUAUAUUUCAGAGUUUAAUGCUGGGGAUUAUGCUGAUGAUCAGGAAGCCUGUUUAGAAGAAAUAUUUAAUCAUUUUGAUCAAUUUGUUGAAUGUCUUCAAACUAAUCAAAAUAUUAAUAUCGAUAUUAAUAAAUUACCUAUUGGUGCAAUCUACCAAAGUGUAGUGGGUAAAGAUCCUUCAAUUAAAAAGCAAUGCCCUAAUCAAAAAGAGACCAAAAAAUGUGACUGCAAAUCUCGUAUUAUUGUUACUAAUACAAACACACCUGAUAAUCUUACUUGUACAAUUUCUCAAGCAGAAGGAAAUAGUGAAUAUGAUAAGGGAAAGCUUUUUGAAUUUGUUGUCCCAAUUUGUAAUGAGAUUAUUCACAAAAUUCCUGUUAUUCUUCUUGAUGCCACUCAUGGAACCAAUAAACAUAAAUAUUUAUUAUAUACAUUACUUUCUCCUGAUCCAAAAACUGGUAAAGGUAUUGCACUUGCUCACCUUAUUUCAUCUCGUAAAAACUUUGAAUCUAUUCA